GCGCCUGCAAAAAAAAUCACACAGCAUGCGCGGGCUCUGGUGGAGCAGCAUGGUGCUCAUGAUGCUCGUGAGCAGCUAGGUGGAGUACUAUCUCAAAGUGAUAAAAAUGCAGCUCGGCAUGUGCAAUCUGUGGUCAAGAGAUUUGGACUGGACCUUCCCGUGCCAAUAAGUACCUUCGUGUAUGAAGAACAAGGCGAUACUGUGGCUAUGCCAUAUCUUCGACCUGGUGACUUUCUGAAAACAUUAAUGGAAUUGCACUCUGACCUGCUUCUUGGGGGCUACACGGCGGGGAGCAUAGCAGCGACUCGUAUGCUGGAGGUCUUUUGGCAAAACUACAGUUUGGAGCAUGCAGCGCACCCUGUUGUGGAAAUGCCGCGAGACUUGCAAAAGGUUGGAAGUGGCAAAGCUCGAGAUCCAGCAGCGCAGCGCCUCAACUGCCGACACAACUCAUACCUUCAGAAAUUCCUUCUGUUUGCCUACCCUAGCAAGCAUUAUCCCAAAAUGCCUGGAUUGCUCCGUGCGUUUCACAAACUGAUUUGCCAACAGCUAGCAGCUGUGUGUGCCACGGGCAUUGUUGUGAAUGAUCGCCGCUACUUUUUUGGUAUCAUUGGAUACAAAGGAGAUUUCGAGUACCAUGCCAAACUUGUAGACUAUACUCGGAACUACUCCCACCUGGGACGUGUGCGGGAAAUAGGGUGUUGCCCUGAGUGUGCUGCUGGCACACCCGGGAUCCCAUUUGAAGACAUUUCUGCUAAUGCUUCGUGGACUGCGACAGUGUGCCAAGAUCUACCGUGGAGAUCACCACCCCCUGUAACAGACAUUGGCUUCGACAGCUGGUACACUCUUCCAAGUCAAGCUGCGCGGUUUUUCCGGCGUGACCCGUUUCAUGUUUUCCGCCACGGAGUGGGACGGAACUUUGCAGCUUCGUGCCUCAUUCUGCUGGCCAAUUUUGGAGUUUUUGAUGAUCAGGAACCGGGGUCCUCUAAGUCUUUUGAGAGUCGGAUGGGACGUGCUUGGGGAUCGCUCAUGCUCUUUUGCAGCGUGCAGAAAUUACAUAUCAGCGGCAUGCGCUCUUUCAGUCGCGACAAGGUACAUUACGGGAAGGGGAUGACGUUUCCAUAUUUUAGUUGCAAGGGAUCCGACACAAUUAUACUCCUGAAGUGGCUGGCUGUGGUGGUUGGCGUGCAGCUGAAUCUGGCAGUGGAUGCUUCCUACGUGAAGGUGCUUGAGCACAUGCAAACGGGCAUAGAAGGAGGACUGGAAUUCUCCCAGGGCAUCUUUGGACACGGCGUGUGGCUCCGCUCCAGCUGCGUUUUGCAUCUCCGAAAGGCUUUGCAAAAGUUUGGCUCCUCGUAUGCGCAUUUAGCCCAGUUCUGCGUGUUCAAGGGCUGGAGCCUGUUCGGGAUGCUGACCAAGUUUCAUUCGCUGAUGCAUUUCAAGCAUGAUUUCGAAUCCUCUCUCAGGGUUCAGCGUCAGUGGACGCUCAAUCCGGCAUGCUACGAUUGUAGCCUCAAUGAAGAUUUCAUAGGAGCUGUAGCCCGGCAAUCGCGAAGGAUCUCCUACAAACAUGGUGGUGUUUUCGAGACAACCUUGCUACGUCACUACCUGCUGAAGGCGCGCUUCACCAUCAGGAAAUUCCGCAAGAACAACAAUUUCCGGCCAGCGCGGCGCUGA